ACCUUAUUUUCCUUACCGAAAAAAGGGGAGCUUAUUUCCCAUUUCUCGCUAUUACCACACCCUUACUCUCAGGCAAACUCACCACAUCAAUGGAACCCAUCUACUACCUCAUUCCCCUAUCCAUCUUCCUGCUCUUCCUCACCAAAUCAUUCUUCCACAGAUCAAAACUCCCACCAGGACCUUCCGGGUUUCCGAUCCUCGGCUCGCUUCUGAAUCUCGGAGCUCGGCCGCAUGAGUCGCUGUUCCACAUGGCCAGGCGGCACGGCCCUCUUAUGACCCUCCGCCUGGGGUUCGUCACCACUGUGGUGGCCUCCUCUCCCGAGGCCGCCAAGGAGGUCCUCGGCAAACACGACAAGACUUUCUCAGACCGGCUCAUCCCCGACGUGAUCAUGGCCCAACCCAACCCAGAGUCCACCCUGGCGUGGGUACCGGGGGACCAGGCAUGGAGAAACCGCCGGCGCAUCUGCACCACCCAGAUGUUCGCCGCACAGCCCCUCGACGCCCUGCAGCACCUGAGACACGAGAAGGUCUGCCAGCUCAUCCGCCACAUCGAAAAGAAGCACAGCAUCUCGGGAACACCAGUGGAUAUCGGGCAGGUGGCGUUUGCGACAACCCUGAACCUGAUAUCGAGCACGUUGUUCUCGAUUGACAUGGUGGACCCCGAGUUUGAGACAGCCCAGGAGUUCAAGGACGUGGUGUGGCGGAUCAUGGAGGAUGCGGGGAAGGCGAACCUGUCGGAUUACUUCCCAGUGCUCCGGCCGUUCGAUCUGCAGGGGAUUAAGCGCCACAUCAAAGUUUCAUACCUAAGGUUGCAUGACAUUUUUGAUGAUAUAAUUGAGAAACGUCUGAAAGGCAGGGCGCAACAGUCGGCGUCCGCAACGAGGAACGGAGAUUUCUUAGAUGUUCUUCUGGAUCAGUGCCAAGAGGAGGGUUCGGGUUUCAACCGGCAAACUAUCAAGCCCUUGAUCCUGGACUUGUUCAUUGCUGGAAGUGAUACGUCCGCGUUAACAACCGAAUGGGCUAUGGCUGAACUUCUUCGAAAGCCCUCUGUGCUACAAAAGGCACGACAGGAACUGCUUGACGUCAUCGGAACCGAACGACAAGUUCAAGAAUCAGAUAUCCACCAACUCCCUUACCUCCAAGCGAUUGUCAAGGAGACUAUGAGGCUCCAUCCUGCAGUGCCACUUCUCCUGCCCUAUAAGGCCAAGACGGAUGCGGAGGUUCUCGGCUAUGUCAUCCCAAAGGGCAUUCAGGUGCUCGUCAAUGCGUGGGCCCUCGGACGAGACCCUGACUACUGGACCGAGCCCACAGAAUUCCGGCCUGAGAGGUUCUUGGGGUCGAAUGUGGACUACAAGGGGCGAGAUUAUGAGUAUAUUCCAUUCGGGGCGGGGCGAAGGAUCUGCCCGGGUUUGCCCCUUGCAGUCAGGAUGGUUCAUCUGAUGGUGGCUUCGCUUGUCCUGUCUUUUAACUGGAGACUGCCCGAUGGGAUGUUGCCGGAGGACUUGAACAUGGAGGAGCAGUUUGGGGUCACUUUGAGGAAAGCUGCCCCUCUUUGUGCUAUCCCAACUUUGGGAUGAAACCGUUGCACUAUCGUCUUUUCUUUUUUUUUUUUUGGGUCUUUUGUGCUCUACAUCAUAUUAAUGUCCUUGGCCACUCCUUUUUUAAAAAAUAGUAUUUUUAUUUUUUUGGGUUAUAAAGAGACCAUGAGAUUAAGUGUCACUCACCGAGAGACGGAAAAUGAAAAUAAAAAAAGUGCGAAAAGCCUUUACAUUCUGAACUUU